GUAUGCCGAAGGUGACAGGGCAGAGAGACAUGAGUGGGCCCUGCUGGAGAGAAGCCCCAACGUGGGGGCACUGCCUCUGGGGAAGACCCCAGCCCUAAGCAGUGUCUGACUCUGGGCCCCUCUGAGACCUGGGGAUUCCCUGCCCGCCCCGCCAUCACUUACACCAAUAUUGACGGUUAAUGCCGUGUUGCCACCGUGUUCAACACUCAGCGCGGCUAAUUGUUUUGACUGGGAAUCGGCAAGGCGAUUAAACGCCAUCGAUUUUGCCCUGCGCGCUGCAUCGAUUUUUAAAUUUCCUAUUGAUCCUGGCCCUAAAUCUCCUUAACCAAGACCUCACCGUGGAGAUGACAGCCACUGAUUAGCUCUGGGGCGGGGGUGGGGGGAGCAGCCCCUGAGGGGGAGCAACCCCAGCUCCUCCCUCGCCCCAGGGACUGGGGUCCUGAUCCCCUUCUGUCCUUGAGAAUGGAGGCCCAUUUAGAGGCCUGUGGAGAGAAAGGGAAAUGAGGAAGAUUUGGGGGCCCCUGAUUGGGUUUACUCCCCUUUUCUCUCCAAUUUGGACUUUUCUCUUUGGCUAUUCACUCUUCCUCUCUGUGUCUCCCCAUCUCUUUUCUCUCAUCUUCCCUCCAUCUAAGUCCGUCUUGUUCUCUUUCUCUUGUCUCCUCCUGAACUUUGAUAACUCUCUGAAUUCUGUGUGUCCUUGGCUGAUCCUGAGCCUCAGUCUCCCCUUCUGUGCCUGCAGAUCUGCCAUGAGAUAGAAAAGUCAUUUAUCAAACACUGAAGGCCAUGGCCUGUCUCCCUCCCCUCUUAGGAGCAUACUCUCGGGGACACACAGAUGUCAGGCAGAGCUGGGCUUCCUGGCUUUGUGACACUGCCCACAGAGCUCUGCUACUCUGAGCCAUUUCCACGUGUCAGUACCUGUCUGUUCUGGGAAGUCUCUCCCUAUCCCACAGUCCUUGCCUGGCCCUUUCUCUGAAUGCCCACAGCAAGCAGAGGCAAGAGUUGUCCUUAUGUGGGUUCAAGCAGCUUUUUUGAGAAGAGAGGAGGUUCCCUGCCUCCUGAACUCUCCAGCCAGCUCUUUCCCUCGCUGAACUGUACUCAGUCCCAGGUUCUCUACUGGACCGGGUUGGUGGCCUGAAUGUAUUAGCUUUGCUGCGUCUACCUAAGAGAAAUAAGAAUGUCUAAGCCCCUGGAGGCCGAGAAGCAAGGUCUGGACUCCCCGUCAGAGCACACAGACACUGAAAGAAAUGGACCAGACACUAACCAUCAGAACCCCCAAAAUAAGGCCUCCUCGUUCUCUGUGUCUCCAACUGGCCCCAGCACCAAGGUGGGCAUUCUCUCUGGCCUCCACUUAACAUUCUGGGGUCCCGGACCCUGCCUCUCUCCUCCCCAGAUCAAGGCUGAAGAUCCCAGUGGUGACUCAGCUCCCGCAGUGCCCCCGCCUCCCCAGCCGGCUCAGCCUCAUCUACCCCAGGCCCAACUCAUGCUGACGGGCAGCCAGCUAGCUGGGCUCACAGCACUGAUGCCAGCUCAGCAGCAGCUCCUCCUGCAGCAAGCCCAGGCCCAGCUGCUGGCCGCCGCCGUACAGCAGUCCAGUGCCGCUGCUGCUGCUAAUGCCGCCGCCGCUGCCGCCGCCUCCUCCUCUACUUCUUCCUCCUCCUCCUCUUCUGCCUCCUCCUCAACUUCGCAGCCCCCAGCCUCCUCUGGGGGAGGCGACCUGCCACCACCACAGCCUGCCAGCCAGCCCCCUGGGACCCCACAGCUCACCUUGUCCCAACCCAUCCAGCUCACAGCACAGGACAUACAGCAGCUCCUCCAGCUCCAGCAGCUGGUGCUUGUGCCAGGCCACCACCUCCAGCCACCUGCUCAGUUCCUGCUGCCGCAGACCCAGCAGAGUCAGCCAGGCCUGCUACCGACGCCAAAUCUAUUCCAGCUACCUCAGCAAACCCAGGGAGCUCUUCUGACCUCCCAACCCCGGGCCGGGCUUCCCACACAGGCCGUGACCCGCCCCACGCUGCCCGACCCGCACCUCUCACACCCGCAGCCCCCCAAAUGCUUGGAGCCACCAUCCCACCCCGAGGAACCCAGUGAUCUGGAGGAGCUGGAGCAGUUCGCCCGCACCUUCAAGCAACGACGCAUCAAGCUGGGCUUCACACAGGGUGAUGUGGGCCUGGCCAUGGGCAAGCUCUACGGCAACGACUUCAGCCAGACGACCAUUUCCCGCUUUGAGGCCCUCAACCUGAGCUUUAAGAACAUGUGCAAACUCAAGCCUCUCUUGGAGAAGUGGCUCAAUGAUGCAGAGACUAUGUCUGUCGACUCAAGCCUGCCCAGCCCUAACCAGCUGAGCAGCCCCAGCAUGGGUUUUGACGGGCUGCCCGGCCGGAGACGUAAGAAGAGGACCAGCAUCGAGACAAAUGUCCGCUUCGCCUUAGAGAAGAGUUUUCUAGCGAACCAGAAGCCUACCUCAGAGGAGAUCCUGCUGAUCGCCGAGCAGCUGCACAUGGAGAAGGAAGUAAUCCGCGUCUGGUUCUGCAACCGACGCCAGAAGGAGAAACGCAUCAACCCCUGCAGCGCGGCGCCCAUGCUGCCCAGCCCAGGGAAACCAGCCAGCUACAGCCCCCAUCUGGUCACACCCCAAGGGGGCGCAGGGACUUUACCAUUGUCCCAAGCUUCCAGCAGUCUGAGCACAACAGUUACUACCUUAUCCUCAACUGUGGGGACGCUACACCCCAGUCGGACAGCUGGAGGGGGUGGAGGCGGGGGCGGGCCCGUGCCCCCCCUCAAUUCCAUCCCUUCUGUCACUCCCCCACCCCCGGCCACCACCAACAGCACAAACCCCAGUCCUCAAGGCAGCCACUCGGCUAUCGGCUUGUCAGGCCUGAACCCCAGCACGGGAAGCACAAUGGUGGGGUUGAGCUCCGGGCUAAGUCCAGCCCUCAUGAGCAACAACCCUUUGGCCACUAUCCAAGCCCUGGCCUCUGGUGGAACCCUGCCCCUUACCAGCCUUGAUGGCAGCGGGAACCUGGUGCUGGGGGCAGCUGGCGCGGCCCCAGGGAGCCCUGGCCUGGUAACUUCGCCACUCUUCUUGAACCACGCCGGGCUGCCCCUGCUCAGCGCCCCGCCAGGUGUGGGCCUGGUCUCAGCAGCGGCUGCGGCAGUGGCAGCCUCCAUCUCCAGCAAGUCUCCUGGCCUCUCCUCCUCAUCCUCUUCAUCCUCGUCCUCCUCCUCCUCCACUUGUAGUGAGGCGGCAGCACAGACCCCUGGAGGCCCAGGGGGGCCCGAGGCAGGGUCCAAGCCUGAGUGAGGGCCCAUCAUGCUUCCCCUCCCACUCCUCUGACCCUCCACCUUGGUCCCCCGCCUGGGAAGAGGGCGAGGAGGCCAGUGGUGGGGGUACAUCGGGUCCUUGGAGCAGGAGUGACAAGGGAGGAAAGACCAAAAACCCAAUCAACCAAAAAAAGAAGAAACUAACCAACAAAAAAGAAAACCAAAAAUAAUCACAACAGAAACCAGCUGCCCCAAAGGAACCAGAGGUGAAAAACAAAUAAAAAAACCAAAAACAAACAAAAACCCCACAAAAUCAAACCAAAAACCAGUCUCGAGCCAGACUUCAGAGUGCUCACCCUCACUGCUACGACACCAAAUAAGAACCCCAGCCAGGAGCAGAGCAGCCUCCUGCAGGUCGGACCUCAUGCUGCCGAGCCCUGGCUGUGGGGCAACCUCCAACCUUGCCCCCCAAGUGGGGGCUAAAGAAGGAAAAAGAGAAUGUGCCAGCCUGCUGGUGCCAGCCUGCUGACCCCUGCCCCAACCCUGGGCCAGCAGAGACAGGGCACAGCCUGGGGCAGAGGGCCCUGACCCAGAACCACCCAUCAAAUGUUCUUUUCCAGAAGGUGAAAGAAAGGGCCUGAACAACCUUACACCAAAUAUUCAGUAGCUUCAUCCAAAGGAUGUACAGACUUUUUAGCGUUGUGCUCAACAGAAUGUGUCCCUACCAUAUGUCCCCCUCUCCCCUGGCCCCCAGCUCUCCCCACCUGGGCAGGGGGUCUUUCUUUAGCCCUCUUCCCUCCCCCAGCCAGGGGUGAGCUCGGGGGAAGGCCCGGGGAUGAUUUUUCACCCUGUACCUCCCCCUUUUCCCUUUGAAGGGUGGGCUAGGCCAUUUUGCCAAGUUCCAGCUCUCAUAAGUCCCUCCUCAACCCUGUCACCCUUUUGUGCUCUGGAAUCUACCCCUCUCCAGCCUGUGGGAAGGUGGAUGUUUCAGGCAAUAGGUGAUGAGGUGAGGGCAUUCAAGUUGUCUUUUUUUCCAUCCUGUCAGUUUCCCUGAAAAAAAUAUUCAUAUUCCAGUGCCUAUCCGUGGGAUCCUUCACGUUCUGACAUUAACCAGAAACCAAAAAGAUAACUCACCUCACUCCGCCCACCCUGUGCCCCUCUGACACUGGCAUAUGCCUACCCUCCCCUGUCCCGACGCACACACGCACGCACCCCAGUGGUGGGUUCCUCCAGAUGGCAUCCCCAUCAGGGUCCAUGUGGCGGGGACAGUGCCAUGACCUAUGGUCCCCAUCCAAGAGGGCGUUGUGGUGGCCACCACUCCCAUGAGACCUCCACAAGUCUUUGCUGGACCCUGGGUUUGCCCAGCCCUAGACGCAUCUUGAUGAUGGACAGAGGAGAGACGCUACUGGGAGCCACCUUGCCCUCCUGCUAUUGUGGAGGCCAACAAAGUUUUGAACCAAAAAAACAAACAAACAAACAAACAAAAACCAAACAAACAAUAAAUUAAAACUAGAAAAAAAGAAUUUAUAGAUAUAUAUAUAUAUAAAUAAAUAUAUAAGGGAAAGAAGACAAGGACUCUUCAAGAAUAAGAAGGAAGCUCGAGGUGGAGCCAAGCCCCUGCACCAGUGGUCCAGGCCUUUGGUCCCCAAGGCAGAUGGAAGGAUGGAUGCUUCUUUCUCUUCAUAAAUACCUCAUGGACGUCGUCUUCGGGAAAGCCGGAGGGGGACGGCUGGGGCAGGGCCUGUCCCUCAGCCAGGGUGGAUGGAAGUGGGUGGGCAGGGCUGAGAGAGGGUGUCAGGGACAGGGGUGAAGAGCCCCAAACUCCUCGCCCCCCCAAUCAACUGAAAAAGCUUUAAAAAAAAAAGACAGGAAAAAAAAGAAGAAAGCAAAAAGAAUGGACGAAGGAAAACCAACAGUUUUCGGGUGGUUUGAUUCCUCCUUUGAUUUCUUUUUCUGUUAUCUCCUGUCUCCUUCCUCUUUCUUGUCCUCCCUCCCUCCCUGCCCUCUCCUCUCUCUUCUCCUUUCCCUUUGCUCUUUUCUCACUUCUCUCAAUCUCAUUCUUUCUGUGUCUCUCCUCAAACCAAAGUGUUGCUGUGAAGGACUGGAGCCAUUGAAAUCAGAGUGGUCCCCGCCCCUGGCUGGGCAGGAGCAGAGGGAGGGGAGCCUGGAGAUGGCCAGGUGGCCUCCAUGCUUUCUGCUGGACACUCCAAAGAGAGGCAGACGGAGCCCCAGCCUCAGCGUUCUCUUUUCUUCUGUCUCCCUUCUCCCAACCGGGAAACAAAACUGUUGGGCUGGGCCACAGAGGCAGCAGAGACAGCCAUCACAAGGGCCUCAGUGCCUUGUCUGGGCAGUGGUGGAGCAGCGCUUCUCCCACCCCUGGCACUAAUGGGGCCUGGCACCUCUUCAGCCCAUCCUUGCUAGAAUGUAAGCAUCUCCGAUGAAUCAGCUCCCUGCCCUCACCCUACCUCUGAGUUUGUCCAUUUGAUGUCCUGUAAAGGGCCUGGUGAAAGGACCUAAGCCCCAGCCCAGGGGUGGAGAGGGGCCAAGGGCUCCUGAAUGGAUAGGAAGGAUGUUUGAGCAGAGCAGAAUGAAAGGAAUGAUGACCAAAAACCCCCUCCGAGAAGACAGGCAGCAUGGAAGGCAUGGUGGAGAUGACUCAAAUGAAAGCUAUGAUUCUAGACCAAAAAAAGGAAAAAAAAAAAAAAAAAAAAAAAAAAAAAAAAGGAAAGAAAAUCCAGGACUCACCACCACCCACUUCAUCCUGCUUCCUCCCCAUCAAGUCCCCUAUUUGGGACCUCUCCCCAUCCCAGCGAGUGGGGAGUGGGGCAAUGAGAGAGGAGGAAGCAGGGCAGGGAUGGGGCAGAUGCCCUGACUUGGUGGAGGGACCCCCAUGCAGCUGGGGGUAGAGGGGACCCUCCCCAUCCUACCCCCACAACUUGGAAAAGAAAAACAAGAAAAAAGAAAAUUCCUGGGGGGUGGGGAAUAACCAAAUUCCAAGCUUUAACUACAGCUGUGAAACCAAAUAUUGGGAAGGGGCGGGAGGGAGGGAGGGAGGGGCAGGUGAGCCCCAGGUCUCCCCCCUGGGCCCCCCUCCUCCGAGGACUCGAGAUAAGGCACCAAAUACCUCAUAGAACUUUAAUGUUAAAAAAAAAAAAAAAAAAGAAAAGAAACCAAAUAUCGUUGGCUGGGGGCCAGCCAGGGCAAGGGGCUGGAGUUGGAGGGAGCUAGGGCUGGGAUGGUGAUGGGGGAAUUCCUGCCCCCCACCCCCACCUGCUCCUUCCACUCUGGCCCCCACCCCACCCCGCCUCGACUCCGGGAAACAAAACUAUCUCAUCGUUUUUAUUUUGUGGUCUGUACAGAGCCUGUGUCCGUGUGUCUGUGUGUGAGCGAGAGAGUUGGAGAGCUGGGGAGCUUUAUGUGGGGAUAGGGGAGGGAGACCCCAGGCCAGGCUCUAAGCUAGCUUAGAGGUCAGAUAGAGGGCCAGGGGCCUGGGCUAGAGAGGAAAGGUGAGUGAACUGGGGCAAGGGGAGCCCUCUGAAUUUCCCUUCUUCCCAUCCCUGACCUCCUACUUAAGGGAGGGACAGAGACUGGGUCUACUUAAUGAUGGGCUUUUUAAUUGUGCCAAAAAAAAAAAAAAAAGAUGCCAGUAACUAAACCACCUCUCUCUGUUCUCUUCUGGAGGGCAGAGUGGGGACUAGAAGUGGGAGGAAGGGGCUGGGUGUGUAUGGGGGGUGAGUAGUAGGGAUGGGGGCCCCAGGUCCCUGUAGAAGUUGGGGCUAAGAUCAGGAGGGGGAUGGUGUGAGUUUUCCACACAUCUUCUCCUUGGGGAAGGCCAAGAGAAUGGUCUCCAAGCCUGGCACCCUGGGAAGAUUCAGAAGGAACUAAUGGGGGGUGACCUCUUGACCUAUUUUCUCUCACCCACCCUAACCCCAGGGUGCCUCUCUCUUCCUCUAGCCCAGGGUAGGGGGAAUUGAGUGAGAGUGAGACAGACUGAGCAAGAUUGAGACACGCGGGCCCCCACCAGUCUCAGUGGGAAAGGCAAGUGCGAGAGAUAAAGGCCUCCAAGAGAAUAAAGAAACAAACCAAAGAUUUAACCAUUAAAAAAAAAAAAACCCACAGACAACUCCGCUACCUUUUUAUACGUUGGGAAAAAAAGUGAAAAAAAAAAUUUAAAAUAAAAACUAAAAAAAAAAAAAAAAAAAAUACACAAAAACUCCGAGCC